UUCUCUCUCGCAAUUUCACAGAGACAUGAUGACUGAAACGGUUUAUAUGGCGCGAGUGACCAUGGAAGGGGUUCCACAGCUCCCAAACAACAACAGCAACAACAUCAGCAGGUACCCUGGUGCAGAAUCAACAGGUGUGCCAAAUUUCCCUGUUGCGAGCAAAAGUGCGGGGCACAUCAGGGUACACCAUCAACAGCAGCAGCAACAGCAAAAGAAACCCGCUGUUGCCCAGCACAGACCCGCCUCAGUGGGACCCGGGAUACCGGUGAAUAAUAGCGGGACAGAUGCUUCUGCGGUUCCCAUCAAGGUCGGCAUCGCCGGGCAAAUGCCAAAUGCAAGGACCUCAGCUCGAGACUUCAUAGCCCACAAUGGGUUGCCACCGGGUCGCCGCAGUGUUCCCAACACGAGAUACAUUCCCAACAACGCUGCGAAAUCAGAAGCCAGCAACAGCAGCAACAGCCACACCUACCAGCAGAUGUACAACCACGUUAUGUACCGACAUCAGGCGCAACUCGUGGCUGCCAGAAUGCCCGCACCGCAGCCUCCGUCUCGACUUUGGCAACACUCAAAACCCGGCAACAGA